AAAGCUGUGCCCACGUGUCCACACAGUGGGGAGCCACAACACAUGAUGUAAAGGACUGACAUCACCUCAGCAGGAAUCCCUGAUUUACGGCCGCCCCGACAUGAGCAAGACCGCCACCUACCAGCUCCAGAGAAAUCCAGCCAAGGUCAUGUUCUGUAUCUGGGUUAUACUGUAUGUCAUAAUGGAUGACCAUGUGAAUAUUAGGUUUAAUAUUAACAUGUAUCUACUUUUACAGAUUCAGGACAUUAACAUUAACUCCCAAGACUCCGAUAGCUCUCUUAUUCAUUGGUGGUAGCAAUCAUUACGUGUGCUUGUCCUCAGCAGCUGUGUUGGCAGUUGGCACCCUGCGUUGUGGAUCAGCUGGGGAGAGGCUUAUGUGAGGGCCAAGGCCCUGCUGCCUGCUUCCCUCUGAGCGUAGCGUGACCCUGCGGGCACAUACAUCAGCACAGUGACAGGCUGGGUGCUCGGCCGCUCAAGCAUGACUCCAAGGCCACGUUGCUGCUCCUCCGUGUCAUGAGCCCCAACGACUCUUCAAGCUAUCCACUGAAGCAUGUCCCCAUGCCCCCCUGGGACCCUGGCAAGAGGACAAUGACCUGGGCAACAGGAGACCGUUCAUGGACUCGGCAAUACUCUGCUAUGGCAAACCUUCUGUCCUGUCCAGGAGCCCCCAGCCCAACCUGGCCCCCACAGGAGCACAGCGAAAGCGUGUCGUCACAUCGCACAGUCAGAACCUGGCGGCAGCUCAAAGGGAAUGCUGGGAAAUAGGAUCCAUAUGGUGGCACUAUAAAGUGCACCGCCAACCCAGAGCCUUCACCAAAAAACUGGCCAAGCCGUCCUCAACGCCAGCAUCCAUUCACCUACAGUCUCUCCUCACCUGUCUCCUCAGUAGCAUCGCUGCUCUGUUUUACCCAAGAUCCUUCCUCACACGUGACCUUCUUCAGAACUGGAUACUGAAAGGGGCUGGAUUGACUAUGAAGAUCCCGGGCCAUGUGGUUUUCCUGCUGCUGAUAGGAGGGAUUUGUUGCCAGAACAACCGCAAUGCCAAACCUAGUGGCAAGUCAUCUAAGAAGAACCAGGGGAACCAGAACCAAGGGUCUGAGGCAGCCCAGUCGGCCCCAGAAGAUGAGCCCCAUUCUGGGCCAGUGGAGUCGGGCAGGGAGGGUAACUCUGGAGGUCGGGCGGCAGCCCAGCAGUCAGCUUCACAGAACAACAAGGCUUCAGAUGAUAUGAAGCUGCAUGUCCUCAAGAAUACUCAGGUCACAUGCAACGAUGGAACAGCAGCAGGGUUUUACCUAAAGGACUUCAAAGGGAGUAAGCGAUGGCUGAUAUUUCUGGAAGGCGGUUGGUGCUGCUACAACAAAGACUCCUGCGAUACCAGAUAUAAAAAUAUCCCACGACUCAUGACCUCAUCCGACUGGCCCCAAACGCGCAAAGGAAGUGGAAUAUUGUCAGCCCAGGCGGAAGAAAACCCUCAUUGGUAUAACAGUAAUAUUGUAUUCAUCCCGUACUGCUCCAGCGACGUGUGGAGUGGCACAGGGCCCACAGCCACCAAGGAGAAGAGAGGCCCGGGAAAAGAGAAGGAGAAAGAUGCCAUUGAGUAUACCUUCAUGGGUUCCCUGAUCAUCCGUGAGGUCAUCAAAGACCUAGUCCCUAAAGGCAUCAAACAGGCCAAGGUUGUCAUGCUGGCUGGCACAAGUGCUGGAGGGACGGGAGUGCUACUGAACAUUGAGAGAGUGUCCAGUCAGCUGGAGCAGCUGGGGGUAGAGGCCCAGGUCCGAGGCCUGGUGGAUUCGGGCUGGUUUCUGGAGAGUAAACAGCAGAGGGUUCCUGACUGCCCAGACAGUGUCUCCUGCUCACCUGUAGACGCCAUCAAGAGAGGACUCAAGCUGUGGAACGGGGUGGUCCCAGACAAGUGUCGGCAGCAGUACAAGAAAGGAGAGGAGUGGCAGUGCUUCUUCAGCCACAAACUCUACUCCUCCCUGACCUCCCCUCUGUUUGUGGUGCAGUGGCUGUUUGACGAGGAGCAGUUGAGAGUGGAGAAUAUCUACCUGGGGGGUCAGACCCUGUCAGAACAGCAGUGGACCUACAUGCAGAACCUGGGAAAGGAUAUCAAGAACUCACUCAAAGAUGUCACGGCUGUGUUCGCACCCUCCUGCCUGUCCCACACAUUGAUCACUAAAAGUAACUGGAUGACGUUUCAAGUCAAAGGCACCUCCCUGCCCCGGGCUCUGCAGUGCUGGGAUAAGAGUUUCCAAGAAGCCAACCGUAACAGCAAGACCCCCCUGAAGGGCUGUCCCUUCCACCUGAUCGACACCUGCCACUGGCCCCAGUGCAACCCUACUUGCCCAGCCUUGGUGGACCAAGCCACACAGCAGGAGCUCACCCUGCUCCAGAUGUUAGUGGGCAUGGGCCUGGACCUCCAGAAACUAGGCCUGGACCUCAGGAGGGACAGUAGCUCUAUAACUAGCAUGAUCAGUAACGGUGGCUAAGACAAGGAGUAUAGAAGCCCACUCUCUGGCUUAGUAAAGGGACAUUUUUUAUGAGUUAGGACGUAACCAUGAAAGGUACAGAAUCUGGUUACUUCUGUUGUGCCGCUCAGCCAUUCCGUUGUGCUCCACUGUUACCAUGCCGUCUUGACCGGUGGGUAUGUCACUGGGCUUACACUAUGUCUGUCUGUAACGUUACAGUUUGCCUCCAGGAUCCCUCUCCUGGACAGUUUAAAGAGGGGAGGGGAGUGAUUCCAGUUUACCCCUGGGUUGUGUCUCACAUUUGAUUCCAGGGAGAACGAGGAGUGCCAGGUACCUGUAGCUAACCAGUCAGACACCAAACCUGCAACACACUUUCACCCAACUACAUGUACUAUACAAAACUUCAACAACAUUUUGUGAAGUGAAACGUACUGCUUUUGAGGAUUUUUGAAUAAGCUAUUGGCACAUUUUAUCAUCUUGCCAACAUAGGACUGGUACAGUAUUCAGAGGAAAUGUACAUUUUAUCAUCUUGCCAACAUAGGACUGGUACAGUAUUCAGAGGAAAUGUACAUUUUAUCAUCUUGCCAACAUAGGACUGGUACAGUAUUCAGAGGAAAUGUACAUUUUAUCAUCUUGCCAACAUAGGACUGGUACAGUAUUCAGAGGAAAUGUACAUUUUAUCAUCUUGCCAACAUAGGACUGGUACAGUAUUCAGAGGAAAUGUACAUUUUAUCAUCUUGCAAACAUAGGACUGGUACAGUAUUCAGAGGAAAUGUACAUUUUAUCAUCUUGCCAACAUAGGACUGGUACAGUAUUCAGAGGAAAUGUACAUUUUAUCAUCUUGCCAACAUAGGACUGGUACAGUAUUCAGAGGAAAUGUACAUUUUAAUGUAGAUGGUUGACUGGAAGGAUAUAUUA